UUGAACGUCCCCCUGGUCCUCAUUGUGCAGCCGAGGAAACAUCGCAAGGUUUAGGCGACGUUGGAAUGAAAUGGCAGAAACUGCUUGUGUCACGGAAGCACACAGAUUAGGUUACGUAGAAGCUACACAUGUAUUUUGCAAAGACCCUGGCCUGCUAGUGUGAGGGAAGCGGGAGCGUAUCCGGAGGACAAAGGAAUUAAAGAGCUGUUUUUCUCCAAAAAAAGCGUCCGGGUUGUGUCUCCAGCAGACAGCAAACGGCGACUGCGGGUCGACACUUGUAAUUAACGGAGAGGGGUCUUGAGAGGACAGCCCCAUUGAAUGCCCAAUCAUAGCGUUUGUCCAAGGCUUCACCAUGAACCGGAACAAGCGUGAAAAGGAGUACUACAGUAUAGAUGUGGGCGAUUCAACUUUUAUGGUUUUAAAGCGCUACCAGAACCUCAGACCCAUUGGAUCGGGAGCACAGGGAAUCGUCUGUUCAGCGUAUGACCACAACUUGGAGAGGAACGUUGCCAUCAAGAAGCUGAGCCGGCCGUUUCAGAAUCAAACUCACGCCAAACGGGCCUACAGGGAGUUGGUGCUCAUGAAAUGCGUCAACCACAAGAACAUAAUCGGCCUGUUAAAUGUAUUCACACCACAGAAGACACUGGAAGAAUUCCAAGAUGUGUAUAUAGUGAUGGAGCUGAUGGAUGCCAACCUCUGCCAGGUGAUCCAGAUGGAGCUGGAUCACGAGAGGCUGUCCUACCUGCUCUACCAGAUGCUGUGCGGCAUCAAACACCUGCACUCUGCCGGCAUCAUACACAGGGACCUGAAGCCCAGCAACAUCGUGGUGAAGUCCGACUGCACACUGAAGAUCCUGGACUUCGGCCUGGCCAGGACAGCCGCCACUGGCCUCCUCAUGACACCCUACGUGGUCACCCGCUACUACCGCGCCCCUGAGGUCAUCCUGGGCAUGGGUUACCAGGCAAACG